CUUUCAUCUAUUGUGGUGGACUGAACGUACCUUCAAUCGAUUUUAGCCAUUACGAUGUCUGCUGCUGCUGUAACCAGACCUCCAUUUUUGCUCCCCUCCCAAUUCGAGCUCGACACCUUUCCCACAACCACCUCUCCUCCUCCUCCUCCUCUUCUCACCAUCAAAACUCCCACCUUGGAGCAAACCAAGCAACUCCACGGCCGCUUCCUCCGCGCUCAAUUCCACCACCAUCUUCUCCCUCAUUUCUUCUCCCCCUCUGCCCAUCUCAACUCCCUCAUCUCAUCCUACACCAAGAAUAACUCCCCACUCGCCGCCAUUAAGCUCUACGUCCACGCUCGAAAAACCUUCACUGCUGCCCUCGACUUCUUCACCAUCCCCACCGUCCUCAAGUCUUGCGCGCUUUGCAGCAGCCUUUGCUACGGGGCAGAGGUCCACGGCUUCGCCAUAAAGCUCGGUUUUGACUGCGACGCCUUUGUUCACAACUCCUUGAUACAAAUGUACUCGGAAUGUCAGGAUUUGAGUUCCGCCAUCAUGGUUUUCGACGAAAUGCCUGUGAGAGAUGUUGUCUCUUGGAGCACCAUGAUUCGGACCUAUGGUAGAAGUGGCUUGUUUCAGAAAGCGAUGAGAUUGAUCACAGAGAUGUUCUUAGUUGGAGUGAAUCCAAGUGAAAUCGCCAUGAUCAACAUGAUCAAUGCUCUCGCAGAUGCGGAGGCAUUAGGCCUGGGUCAGCAGGUUCAUGCUUUUUUCAUAAAGAGCACUGAGUUUAACCCACCAGAUGUUAACAUUCACAAUGCAGUCAUAGACAUGUACGCAAAGUGUGGACGCUUAGAUCUCGCGAGAAAAGUGUUCGACCGAACAGACCAUAAGAGCAUUGCGUCAUGGACUGCGAUGAUCAACGGCUAUGUUCGAUUCGGAGAAUUCGGCAUCGCCAUGGAUUUACUUGGGAGAAUGGCGAAACACAAUGUGGAACCAAACCAGAUUACAAUGUUAAGCUUAGUCUCAAAUUGUGGGAUUCAUAAGAAAUUAAGGUUAGGGAAGUGGCUUCACGCUUACAUGAUUAGACAGAGUUUGGAAAUCCCAUUAGUAUUGUUGGACAUGUACUGCAAAUGUGGUGAUACUAAAAGUGCAAGAACUCUUUUUGAUAGUAUGAGUGUGAAAGAUGUUUCAUCAUGGAGUGUUAUGAUCUCAGGCUAUGCACAAGCCAACUGCUUCAAUGAGCCAUUCAAAUUGUUUCGUAAAAUGAAGAAUGUCGGGGUGAAGCCAAACGAAAUCUCCAUCUUGAGCCUCCUAUCACUGUGUGCUGAUUUCGGGGCACUUGAUCGAGGUAGAGAAGUUCAUGCUUUUAUAGACCAACAAGGGAUUGAAAUGAACAUUGUUCUUCUCACUGCUUUAGUGGAUAUGUAUGCUAAGUGUGGAGAGAUGGAGGAGGCUUAUAAAAUCUUUAAGGGCGCUGAAGAUAAAGAUAUUUGCAUGUGGAAUUCUAUGCUGAAUGGCCUAGCUAUGAACGGACAUGGGAAUGAAGCCAUCAAAUUCUUCUUUCACAUGGAAUCCGCAAAAAUCAGACCGAACGAUAUCUCAUUUGUUGGAAUUUUGAAAGCUUGCAGUCAUGCGGGAUUGGUGUUAGAAGGAAAGCGAUUCUUCCGCCGAAUGGUGGAUGAAUACGGAUUGGUUCCGAGGGUGGAGCACUACGGAUGCAUGGUGGAUCUCCUUGGACGAGCCGGGCUUCUUGACGAAGCUCAUGAGAUGAUAAGAAGGAUGCCGAUUUCGCCGAAUGUUGUAGUAUGGGGCGCGCUUAUAGCAGCUUGCAGGGUCCAUAAAAACUCGAGUUUGGGAGAGUUGGCAGCAAGUGAGAUUCAUAAGUUAGAUCCAUCGAAUGUCGGUUGCAACAUUUUGCUUUCAAACAUUUAUGCUGCAGAAGGAAGAUGGAGUGAUGUUGCAGGAGUUAGGAGAGCUAUAAAGGAUGGGGGACUGAAGAAAGCUAUAGCUGUGAGCUCUAUUGAGCUAAAUGACAGUAUUCAUGAGUUUGUUAAUGGAGACGCAUCUCAUGCUCGGACUGAGGAGAUUUAUAAUAUGGUUGCUGAGAUGAAGAAGGAGCUGAAACAGGCAGGCCAUGUUCCAAAUACUUCUGUGGUUCUGUUAAAAAUAGAUGAGGAGGAGAAGGAGAGCACGCUUUGCUUACAUAGUGAGAAUUUGGCGAUUGCGUUCGGGCUUAUCAGCACACGAGCUCAUACUCCUCUUCGAAUUGUGAAGAACCUGAGAGUUUGUGAUGACUGCCAUGAAAGUACCAAGCUUCUGUCAAAAAUUUAUGGGAGGGUUAUAACUGUAAGGGAUCGAAAUCGGUACCAUCACUUUGCUGAAGGAUUCUGUUCUUGUGGAGACUACUGGUAAGUUUCCUGUAAAUUGUUUGUAUUCAAAUUUUAUAGCAACACAAAUGAUUUUAUUCUA